GGCGGCGCGCUCGCCCUUCCCCUCGGCGCUGCUGCUGGCUGGGAAGACGGCGGCGGCGGUGAUGGCGCGGAGGAGAAAGUGGCCGAGGGAAGCCCGGCCUCCGCUGCGAAAGCCGUGCGGUAGGAGUCGGUAAAGAGCGAGCGAGCGAGCGAGCGAGCGAGAGACGAGGAAGCAGACAAUAGGAGAAGGGCGGCGGGCAACAAAAGGCGCGAUGCUGACAGGGCGGCAGCGGCAGCGCGCCCCAGGCCGGGGAAAGGGGACCCUCGUCGGUGCCAGCCUUUCCUCCUCCUCCUCCUCCUCCUGCUGCUUCCUGCCGGGGUCGCCCGCUGCAUCCCUCCCGGGAGCCUUUUAAAGUUGGAUGGCGACGGCGAUGGCCGCCCCCUAACGAGCCAGGAGCCGAUCGCGAUGCUGGCGGAGACGGAGGCGGCGUCGGCUCGGCGGAGCUGAGCGCAGCGGCGCGCGGGAAUGGGCUGCGCCCGGCGGCGCCCGCACAGCUCGAGGUGGCCGCUGCUGGGGGGCGAGGCGCGGGGGAGCGAGCGGGGAGGAGGAGGACGAUGCCGCCCUCGCGGAGAGGAGCAGAUCGGGCGGCGGUAGGCGAAGAAGGCAGCUGGUCUCGGAGGCGGGAGAGCCCGGCGGGGCGAGGCGGCGCCGCCGCUAGCUGCUGUUGAGGAGAAGCCCCGUCUGCUCGCUCCUUCCGCAGCGUUUGUGCCUCAGGGUCGGCGGGGAGGUGGGCGAUCCUCAGCCUCGCUCCAUGGCGAACGCCAGCGAGUUUGCAAGCAGCAGCAGCAGCCCGCACUUGCCCGGCCCCGGCGGCCUACUCAGCGCCUCGGGCCUCAAGCUGACCACGCUGGGCUUGAUCCUGUGCCUCAGCCUGGCGGGCAACGGGCUCUUCGCGUGGCUCAUCCUCAAGGAGCGGCCCCUGCACCGCGCGCCCUACUACCUGCUGCUGGACCUGUGCCUGGCCGACGGGCUGCGCUCGCUGGCGUGCUUCCCCUUCGUCAUGCUGUCGGUGCACAGCGGCGCGGGCGCCUGGCCGCACGGCGCGCUCAGCUGCAAGGUGCUGGCCUUCCUGGCCGUGCUCUUCUGCUUCCACGCCGCCUUCCUGCUCUUCUGCGUGGGCGUGACGCGCUACAUGGCCAUCGCACACCACCGCUUCUACGCCAAGCGCAUGACGGGCUGGACCUGCCUGGCGGUGGUGUGCAUGGUGUGGACCCUCUCCAUGGCCAUGGCCUUCCCGCCCGUCUUCGACGUGGGCACCUACAAGUUCAUCCGCGAAGAAGAGCAGUGCAUCUUUGAGCACCGCUACGUCAAGGCCAACGACACGCUGGGCUUCAUGCUCAUGCUUGCCACCGUUGUUGCCGCCACCCACCUGGUGUACGUCAAGCUCCUCUUCUUCAUCCACAGCCACCGCAAGAUGAAGCCCGCUCAGUUGGUGCCGGCCAUUAGCCAGAACUGGACUUUCCACGGGCCAGGAGCCACUGGCCAGGCGGCCGCAAACUGGACCGCUGGCUUUGGCCGGGGUCCCACUCCUCCCACUUUGGUGGGCAUCCGGCAGAACACCACCCAUAGCCAGAUCAAGAGGCUGCUGGUCUUGGAGGAGUUCAAAACGGAGAAGAGGAUCUGCAAGAUGUUCUACAUGAUCACCCUUCUCUUCCUGCUUCUCUGGUCCCCCUACAUUGUGGCCUGUUACCUGCGGGUCUUCAUCAAGGCUAGCGCCAUCCCCCAAGUCUACUUGACCACUUCUGUCUGGAUGACCUUUGCCCAGGCAGGGGUCAACCCCAUCCUGUGCUUCAUUUUCAACAAGGAGCUCAGAGUCUGUUUCAGAGCUCAUUUCCUCUGCUGCCAAAGCAUACAAAAUACUCAAGGCACCAUUCUGUGUGAUCUGAAGAAUUUUGGGAUGUAGUUUUAUCUUUCCAAUUGAAAAUAGUACUCUCUAUGCGCUUUUUUUUGGGGUAUAUGCACUUGAGAAAUUGUUAUCUAAGGAGACACCUUGACUUUUCCCCACACCCUUAGGUUUUAAGAUAUUUAUUUAUUUAUGUGUUAGGGGGAUUUGGGGGGGGGGGAAGGGAGGGGAGGGGAGGAAAUCGGGGAAGUAACACAGGGCUCCAACUUUCUUGGCUGCUUCUAACAUUUCUACAAAUGAUUCUGACAUGGAUAAAAAGGCCAUAAUUUUGUGUUGUUUUUUUUAAGACCCUACUGGUUUUGAUAAAGGCUAAGCGAUUUUAUUCAUGUAAGAUUUGAUAAAAGGCCAAGAUGAAAUUUUAUACUAAAGUGUUAUUUUUGAUGACCUCAAAAUAUUGUAUUACAGUGUUUGUUUUUAAAGGGUGACCAAGAAGGAGAAACUGUACUGGGUUUAGAAGUCGUUUCUUGCUGGGGAGCUUUUGGAUUAAUUUUUAUUUCAGUACUAAAAGCAGUGAAUUUCUAACUUUGCCUGAAAUAGAGAAACGUGAGAUGCUACCCUAACCUGCAUCUUAACUUUACUCAAGUUAUUAGGUCGUUUCCUAUUGACCUGAAGAGAAUUAGGGUCACUUGCUUUGACGUAGACUAACUUACAUUUUCUUGUUGCACUGUUCCUUUGAUAGUAUUUCAGAACCCCUUUGGUGGGGCGGGGGGAGAGGAAAUGAUAAUUUUAAAAAGCAAAUUGAUUACAUAUCAACUUUAAAAAAACUGUCAAUAUCAGGUUUUUAAAAUCACACUGACUUUCAUACUUUAUUGGCUUUUUAAAAUGUUAUCUACAAAUACUGGACAAUACUUGUACAUCUUGACUGUUUUAAUAAAAACACUGUUCAAUUCUCGUACAUCAAAUGUUUAUGCUUAGUUUUCUACUCUUGUUUUCGCAUGGCUUGCCUACAAUCUAUGCUACAGGAAGAAAAUAAUAAUUAUAUGUGGGUGCAUUCCUGUGGUUCCUGGCAGGGUUGUUCCAGGACUAUAGGACAGGUUGGAUCAAUUCCUCUGAUUCGGGAGACAACAUGGAAGAGGGAGAUCUGGUGUGGUGCCUCCCUCUCGGAUGUGCCAGCUCAACUGAAGCUCUGACUUAACUGAGGUUGGUGUUGUGGCACUAGUAUGUCCAGUGAGGGAAAAUUUCAGAGCCAUUCUGCACAGCACUUUGACUACAAACCCCUUCCGGAUCCUCAGCAUCCCCAAGUGUGUGUGUGUGGGGGGGGACUUGAGCAUUUUUCUGUGUGUGUGUAAAUUUCUCUGUCCAUUGUUUCCAGUGGGAACAAAAAUCUGGGAAAUGGGCAGGUUUUUUUAAUAAGGCGGCAGAAGCAGAUCCCCUACCCUCGACUUUGCACUGUGAUUUGUUCUUAGACCCUGGUUUCGCGGGUAGCACUGUGGUCUAAACCACUGAGCCUUGGGCUUGCCGAUCGGAAGGUUGGCGGUUUGAAUUCCCGCGACGGGGUGAGCUCCCGUUGCUCGGUCCCUGCUUAUGCCAACCUAGCAGUUCGAAAGCACGUCAAGGUUCAAGUAGAUAAACAGGUACCACUCCGGCGGGAAGGUAAAUGACGUUUCCGUGUGCUGCUCUGGUUUCACCGGAAGCGGCUUAGUCAUGCUGGCCAUGUGACCCAGAAAAACGGCUCCCUUGGCCAAUAAAGCGAGAUGAGCGCCGCAACCCCAGAGUCGUUUGUGACUGGACUUAAUGGUCAGGGGUCCUUUACCUUUCACCUAGCUUCAAUCCAGAGGAAGUGCACAUCCUUGGGAACACGGUAGGACUUACUUACGCGUAAACUCAUACUGCAUCCCAGUUCUAUGCAUCCUAAAAAGGACUGCACUUUUCUAAAUAAUAAUAAUAAUAAUAAUAAUAAUUCCAAGUUCAUGCUAAUUUAUAGGCCUAAAUAGAACAACUCUUCCCCUCCCCCACAUCUGUUAAAACAAAUGUCUAUUUCUAAAUGGUUCCUCAUCUGUUAAUGUCAGAAGAGUCUCUAGAUAAUUUGUGUAUCACUAAUUUUAGUAGACAAAGCAGUUCCUGCACAUAAUUGCUUAUCUGCCUUGCCAGAUAUUAUUUUUAAAUUAUUAAUGUUCUGGUUUUUUUAAAAAAACUGCAGAUUAUGUGGUAAACAGUUUCUAAAAAUAUCACUAAGCUAACUGUUAACUACUGUAACUACUUUUGCUGAGCUUACUUUUUGGAAAUACAGGAGCAGUGUGCGCCAUCAGAUUCAUUUUUUAAAAAACGAAUGAGCUUUAGUGGUAUAGCAGAAGUUAACAUUUUAAUGUAGUUCAAUAAGAAGGCAAGCAAAGAAGAACUGAAUGCUAUCUCAGCAGCCAUGAUAUUAAUUGUAGAGAGAGAACUUGACAUGGAGGUGUGGAAAGUUCACUCCCUUCAGGGCAACCCAUCAGAGAGGGAAAGAUGCUUUGGUCAGAUUUUGACAGUUGUGGGAAAGAGGAACUUUGGGAGGUGUGGAUUUCUAGGCAGCUUGUGGGGCCCUAGUCAUCUGAUCCUGUGGGGAGAGAGGGGAAGGAAAGUACACCAGUGGCCAAAAUUGUGGAAAGCUGCAUAUCAACCACCUAAGCAAGUUGUGUUUCCUUUUUCUGGUUAUUUGGCUAUAACUCUUGAUAGAAUACAGAUAAUUGAACAAACUUCAUUGCAAUACAUUCUUCACUAAAUUAUCUUUCCAUUGAUACAUAAUUUUAUGGUCUUACUCCAAAAAAAGGUGGUGUUAUGAGCCAUCAAACCUCGGAAGUACACUUUCCCCAAAAGGUUUCCACAAUUUUGGCCACUAGUGUAUACACCCAGAAGAUAAAGAGGAACAUAGACAUCCAGAAGGAGCUGACAGGAGAGCGAGAGAAAGAGAAGGAGAAGGAGUGAAACCAAGUUUUAUUGUUCUAGCGAUCCGUUUUGAUGUAUUGGGUUGUCUAUAUGUUCAUAUCUACAGUACUGUUAUACAUGUGUGUUAUUGAACUGUUUUACAGCCGUGUGGGAAAUCUACUGCCUCAUGAAAUGGUUAAAAGGUGGGAUAUUAUUAUUUAUUAAAUUCCUACACUGCCUUUCAUCUGAAAAAGACAGUCAUACCUCGGGUUGAAUAUGCUUCAUGUUGAGCGUGUUCUAGUUGCGCUCUGCAGCAACCCAGAAGUAACGGAGCGCGUUACUUCCAGGUUUCGCCGCUUGCGCAUGCGCAGACGCUCAAAAUGACGUCAUGCGCGGAAGUGGUGACAAAGCGACGCGUGCGUGCGCAGACGUGCCAUCACUAGUUACGUUUGCUUCUGGAUGUGAACGGGGCUCUGGAACGGAUCCCGUUCGCAUCCUGAGGUACCACUGUACAGGGUAGUUCACAACAU